AUGACAAAGCAUUCCACUCUGCAUAGCGCAUUGCGCUUUGGGGUUCCCUUGUUGCUUGUUAUCACCUUCUGUUUUGCUGCUACUGCUGCAGCAACCACUGAAGUUUCAGGGAAUGAAGUGAGCACAAAUGGGAAGCUUGCAAGUGAAGAGGUGACAAAAACAACCCUAAAUGGAGGCUAUGAAGAGGAAAAGUUUUUUCAUCAUCAUAAACCAAUCUUCAAGAAACCAUUUCCAUUGAUUAAACCUGUACCAAAGCCAGUGCCAUUUGUAAAACCUAUUCCAGUGUUUAAGCCUUAUCCCAAGCCAGUUCCGGUUUAUAAGCCAGUUCCAGUUUACACGCCUCAUCCGGUUCCAGUUUAUAAGCCAAUUCCGAAGCCGGUUCCAGUUUAUAAGCCGGUUCCAGUUUAUAAGCCAAUUCCAAAGCCAGUUCCAGUCUAUAAGCCAAUUCCAAAGCCAGUCCCAGUAUAUAAGCCGGUUCCGGUUUAUAAGCCGAUUCCAAAGCCGGUUCCAGUUUAUAAGCCGAUUCCUAAGCCGGUUCCAGUUUACAAGCCGAUUCCUAUUUUUAAGCCUGUUCCAAAGCCGAUUCCGUUUUACAAGCCUAUUCCAAAACCAGUUCCAGUUUACAAGCCAAUUCCAGUGUUUAAGCCUGUACCAAAACCAGUUCCCUUUUAUAAGCCAAUUCCCAUUUUUAAGCCAGUUCCAACACCAGUUCCUAUUAUUAAGCCUAUACCAAAACCAGUACCCUUUGUUAAACCUAUUCCUAUUCCAAUUUUUAAACCCAUUCCUAAACCUAUUCCAAAACCCUUCCCUUGA